AUGGGGAAUGGGAAAAGAAUUGUGCACGAGGUUGCAGGAUCGUUCUUUGGGCGAUUUUUGGGUGAUCCAGGACAUAACCUUAGGACGGUGGAUUUACUUGGCUACUUAGGGAGGGUUAGAGCAUGUAAGAUAACAGCACCAACAGCAAAACCAGCGAUUGAUUUCGCUACAGUAAUCCCUACAGUACAUCAGAUCUACCUAUCUAUCUAUCGCCAACAACUCACUUGUCCUCUAGUGCAUGUCCUCAAGCAAAUAGAGAACACUAAAUCUCCUCCGCCUAUUCGUAAACGUCACAUCGUUUGA